AUGGUCAAGAUCGUUGCGGCCGAGGCUUCCAGGCCUGGCUUGAAGCGCUGGCUGGGAGAGGAAACCCUUGUGAAGACGAUGAAGACAAAUAGUGUUCGAGCAUGGUCUGCUCAUCUGGAGCAGUUGCGCGUGGGCUAUGAAGGUGGACUUCUGAAAGACGACACGGGUAACCACUUCUUCUUGGCCAUGCAAGUGCGAGAUCUGCCGGACAUCUACAAGCACCGCAUCACAACGGGCAGCAUGCGAGCGGCCGUGCAAUCCAAUGAUGUCGUUACAGUCAUCAAGAAGUACAUAUGCGAUGAGCAGCUGUCACAGCCUCCCUUGCUGACAUUAACCCACGCACGGUUUUCCCGCUUGGACACCAUGGUUCCGCGGGCCAAACAGCCCCUGCGAGAGUGCACAGCUGCAAAGCAAGCUUGGCUAGAAACCGCACGCCUGGUCGUGCGCGCGUAUGGCCCAGCCUACGAGGUGUCGGCGCAGUACCUGCGAGACUUGUGCGCUGAUGUUUUCUACAACACAUCCGUGCCCCCGCCUUUGCCAUGGCACAUGGGAUCCUUGCUGGCAUUCUCAUGUUUUGGUUCGGAACGAGCGUGGAUUCCCGUUAUAUCCUGGGCUACCAAGGAGAUCAUGGCCCUGCAGCGCAGCAGGCGGGCCCCGUGCAAUUUCCAGACUGCUUGA